UCCUAACACCGUUGCAACUAAAAAGAUUUUGUCCCUUUAUCUAUCAUUGAGCAGAGGCAAAUUGGAUUUUGGAAGCUGCAUUCCAUGCCUGAUCACCAAGGCACAGAUGGAAUGGUACCAACAGCUGGAAGCAAGUUGAUCGCCUCAUCGCCAUUGGAAAAAUUUUCACCAAUUGCAUCACAGCCAACAGAUUGUCUGGAACUGACUCAGUUAAAUCCAGGUAGAGACCAGAAAGGAAAGCCAAGUGUCAUUGGAGAAGAGGGAAUUCCUGAUUUAUCCAAGACUUCAUGGAGAUCUAUGGAACACCAAGUGAAUCCGUGGUCAAGUUUGUGCAUGCAAACUGUACCUUAUAGUCUGAAAGGGAAGAAUGGUAUCAACGGGAUCCAGUGUGAAAGCAGUUUGUUCUCAAGCUCUUUGUCGGAAAUAUUUGGCAGAAAAUUGAGGUUAUUAAGGAAUGAUAUUCCAGCUCAUCAACCUACCAGUACAGUUGCUUCCCGUCAUGAGGAAGAGGAACCUUUUGAAUCUCUGGAAGAAAUUGAGGCGCAGACUAUUGGAAAUCUCCUUCCUGAUGAAGAUGAUCUGUUCUCUGGAGUGAUUGGUGAGGUUGGGCAAAACACUUAUGCUAGUAUUGGAGAUGACUUGGAGGAUUUUGAUCUAUUCAGUAGUGGGGGUGGUAUGGAAUUAGAAGGAGAUGAUCGAUUGGCUGCAGGUCAAAAGAUUUCUGAUUAUGCUGGAGGAGUUUCCAGUGGUCUUGGGGGUACAGUUUUUGGUGAACAUCCUCAUGGUGAACACCCUUCCAGAACCCUUUUUGUCCGAAAUAUUAAUAGCAAUGUUGAAGAUUCUGAAUUGAAGACUCUAUUCGAGCAAUAUGGAGAUAUCCGGACUCUCUACACAGCCUGCAAACAUCGUGGGUUUGUUAUGAUCUCUUACUAUGAUAUAAGGGCCGCCAGGAAUGCAAUGAAAGCUCUUCAAAAUAAGCCAUUGAGGCGGAGGAAACUUGACAUACAUUAUUCUAUUCCCAAGGUGCAGCUGCACUCCCAUGAUAUUGACAAUCCAUCAGAAAAAGACAUCAACCAAGGAACCUUGGUGGUUUUCAAUCUUGAUUCUUCUGUUUCAAUUGACGAGCUUCACCAAAUUUUUGGUGUCUACGGGGAAAUUAAGGAAAUUCGUGAGACUCCAAACAAGCGUCAUCACAAGUUCAUAGAGUUUUAUGAUGUUAGAGCUGCAGAGGCUGCUCUUUGUGCACUGAACAGAAGCGACAUUGCAGGAAAGCAGAUUAAGCUGGAGCCUAGCUGUCCAGGGGGUGCCAGACGUUUCUUGCAACAGUCUGAGCAUGAAAAAGAUGAAACCAGCCUUUAUGAGAACCCCUUCGAUGAUUUAUCAUCAGCACACAUGGCAAAAAUUGCCAAUGGAAUAGUUACAUCUAGCUCCAUGGAUAAGGGAUCGAUUCCGCUGUUGCAUAAUUCUGUUCGAUCUCCUGUGAAUGCUUUUAUUGAACCACAUCAGAGUUCUAGCAUUCCAAUUGACUUGCCAUCUUCAGCAAGAGUGGCAGCUAUUACCAAGCCAAUUAGCCUGCAAGAGCAGAAUCAUUCUUUGGAUGAAAUGAAGUUUGGCGACCAAUAUAUUCCAAAUUUUCAUCCUCAUUCCUUCCCUGAGUAUCAUGAUGGUUUUGCUAAUGGUAGUCCAUACAAUUCCUCAAGGACUUUUGCAGAGAUGGUUAGUAGUGGUUCCAAAAUGAAUGGACUUGACAGUAGGUGCAUUCGAGGAACAGGUUCAAAUGGACAGCAAAUGGAGUUCAAUGGAGGGGUUUUUGGGUCUUCUGGAAAUGGAAGUUCUCUUCAAGGAAACCACUACUUGUGGAGCGGCUCUAACUCGCAUCAGCAACACCCUGCAAGUUCCAUGAUUUGGCCCCAUUCACCAUCAGUUGUCAACGGAGUUCACGGGCAUCGCAUUCCACAUAUAGCUGCAUUUCCAAGAGCACCUUCGGUUAUAGUGAAUGCAGCAUCACCUGUACACCACCACAUUGGAUCAGCCCCAGCAGUAAAUCCACCCUUCUGGGACAGGCGUCACGCCUAUACUGCAGAGUCUCCUGAAACUUCAAGUUUCCACUUAGGCUCUCAUGGAAGCGUGGCAUUUCCUAGCAGUUCUCCAUCACAUCCUAUGGAAAUUGCUUCUCACAACAUUUUUUCUCAUAUCAGUGGGAAUCGUGUGGACAUUACUAACUCAAAUGCUGUGCUUCGCUCUCCUCAGCAAAUGUGUCACCUGUUCCCAGGGAGGAACCCUUUGAUCUCAAUGCCUGCCUCUUUUGACUCUCCAAAUGAACGAGUUAGAAGCCUCUCACACCGAAGAAAUGAAUCAAAUGCUAAUAAUGCUGACAAAAAACAAUAUGAACUUGACAUUGACAGGAUAUUGCUUGGGGAAGAUAGUAGAACAACACUGAUGAUUAAGAAUAUUCCCAACAAGUACACUUCAAAAAUGCUUCUGGCUGCAAUCGACGAGCAUUGUAAAGGAACUUAUGAUUUUAUAUAUUUGCCAAUAGAUUUCAAGAACAAAUGCAAUGUUGGCUAUGCUUUCAUCAAUAUGACCGAUCCUCAAAAGAUUAUUCCAUUCCAUAAGGCAUUCAAUGGCAAAAAAUGGGAGAAGUUCAAUAGUGAAAAGGUAGCAUCUCUUGCAUAUGCUAGGAUUCAGGGAAAGGCGGCUUUGAUUGCUCAUUUCCAGAAUUCGAGCUUGAUGAAUGAAGACAAACGCUGCCGCCCCAUUCUCUUUCAUACUGAUGGUCCAAAUGCUGGUGAUCAGGAACCAUUUCCCAUGGGUACCAACAUAAGGUUGAGGUCAGGGAAGCCUCGAACUGGUGGCAAUGAGGAGAACUAUGGCCAAGGGAGCUCUUCGGUUUCGGUAAAUGGGGAAGAAACUCUGAAUGGAACAGACUCUUCAUCAAAGGACUCUGAUUGAGCAAUCUGCUUUAUUUGAGUCACUAACUUUAAAACCUGUAUUACAGUACAGAAAACUAUAUCCACCCCAGUUCUGUAUAUCAGGGGUGGCCUGACGUAUCUUUUUGGCUAUAGAGGAAAAAAAGUUUUGGGAUCCAAAAUGCAUGACUAUAAACCAAGUAGGUUGCGUCACAAUUUUUGUUGUUUUUACAAAAAAUCUGUCAAGGCUCAUUAUGAAUAUAGAGAAUGUUGUAACUGAGGCUUGAAAAUUUUGGAUAGUCGUGACUAAACGACAUUGCAAUGUACAGAAGUUCCCUGGGGCUCUAUCCAUUGACCCAAGGGAUCUCUGUUUUGUUUUCGAUUUUUGUAUCUUGAUUCUCCUAUGUAAUUUCAAUUUUCAAUCUAGAGGUUUUUUAGUCCUCGUUGGUU